AUGCCAGGACGAAGACGAACCGGGAAAGCGGGGCCGAACGAGCCGGAGACCGCGGAAGGCGAAGCGAGAGGGGCAGAAAAGGACCACAGGGAAACGGCGGGGGCAGCCAAGCGGGCAGAGCGACGGGCGGGGGAGCCGCGAUGGCGGCGCUGUCCUAGCAGGGGGAAGCAGAAGCACCAAGGGGGGAGGGUGCACCCACCAAGAGGGAACGGGAGCGGGGGGAGACCGGCGGGAGACAGGGAGGUGACCCACGGAGGACAGGGGCGCAAGAGGAAGCGCGCUGGGGGAAAAGCCAGGGGCGCGAAGCGACCGGGGGCGGAGGAGGACGGAACGCCGCGAAGGCAGAAGCCGGGCGAGAAGCGACGCAGGCGCCCGCCGGCCGCGGCCGACCCGCAGGAGGGGCCGGGGCCCCCAAGGGCACGGGGCGGGGGCGAAGGCGCCGCGACGGAAGCGGCGCGGGACCGCCGGAAGGACAAGGCCAGCGAGCGCGGGGAGAAGCCGGGCAGACGACUGAAAGACGCGACGGGGGAUGGAAGGGCAGAGGGGCCGGGCGGCCACGAGCCACGGAGAGGCAGCCCGGGGGCGCGCCGAGCGGCCCCCCCACGGGCCCCCGCCCCCAACCGCAAAGCCAAGCAGGCGACACGGCCAAAAGGGAGGGAGGAGGCGGCAGCCGGGAAGGAAAAAAGGCACCAAGGGGGGAAAAAUAAGGCCGAGAAGAACAGGGGCGGGAAAGACGAGGGGGCCGCCAAGGGGGAACAGAGGGGAACUAAGGGGCGAGGAGGAGCAAAAAGGGGGCAAGAACGAGGCGCCAGGGGAGGGGCGGGACGGUCGAGGGCAGGCGCAGGCCGAAGGAGACGGGAAGGGCACAAGAACGAGGGCGCGAGAAGAGGGGGGGGGAGGCGGGGGCGAGGCGAAAGCCAAGGAAGAGGCCAAGGGGCAGGGGCGAGGAGGCAGCAGGGGCGGCCACGGCCGGGGCCAGGCAGCAGCAGCCAAGGCCGGCGCGCAGCGGACGGGGAGGGGGCAGCGGGCAAGCGACGCGGCCAACGGCAGGCGGCAGCAGCCAAGGCCUGCACGCAGCGGACGUGGCACGGCGCAGCGGGCAAGCGGCGUCGGCCAACGACGGGCAACAUCAGCCAAGGGGGCACGCAUCAAACGGGCCUGGCACAAGGCGCAGCCGACGCGCGGGCGGGCUUGCCCGCAGGCCCUUGGCUUGCACACAACGGUCAGCCGACGUCGGACGGGCAGGCCCGCAUCUGGCGUGGCCGGCCCGCAUCGCCCGGGCUUGCACACAACGAGCAGCCGACGGCGGGCGGCCUGGCCGCAUUGCCCUGGCGGCACACAACGGUCAGCCGACGUCGGACGUGGGCAGGCUCGCAGCGGGCGUGGCCGGACCGCAGCGCCCGGCGUGCACACAUCGCCAGGCGACGGCAAGCGGGGCGCCCACAUCGCCCGGUCGGCACACAUCGCGCAGCCGACGGCGGCCGUGGCCGGCCCACAGCGCCCGGGCGGCACACAGCGCGCAGGCGACGUCGGCCGGGGCCGGCCCACAUCGCCCUGGCGGCACACAUCGCCAGCCAAGUGGCGGCCGUGGCCGCCCACAUCGCGCAGGCGACGGCGGGCGGGGCCUGCCCACACGGCAGGCGACGUCGGCCGGGGCCGGGCCGCACCGCCCGGGGACGCACACAACGGGCAGCCAACGGCGGCGGGACGGCCCGCAGCCCCGGGGACGCACACAACGGGCAGCCAACGUCGGCCGGGGACGGCCGCAGCGCCCGGGGACUGCACACAACGGGCAGCCGACGGCGGCCGGGGCCGCCGCACCCCGGGGACUGCACACAACGGUCAGCCGACGUCGGCCGGGCCUGGCCGCAUCGCCCUGGACGCACACAACGGGCAGCCGACGUCGGCGGGACGCCGCAUCGCCCGGGGACGCACACAACGGGCAGCCGACGGCGGCCGGGGACGGCCCGCACGGCCGGGGCGGCGCAACAGGGGGCGACAACGGCGGAGGGCCAGCAGGCCCAAAAGCAAAAGAGCGCCGACGACCGCGCGGGGGCGACCAGGGGCCGCCGAGGGCAGGGGCGCGACCGGGCGAGACGCGGGGGGGGGAACGGCAGGGCGGGUGCGGGCGAGGGGCAAGGGGAGGGCAGGCGCGGCGCGCCGGGCGACGGCGGCGGAGGCGCGGCAAGCACGAGGCACGCACGGCCAAGGACGGCGGACGCGAGAGCGGGACCGGGCGGGGGGGGCGCGGGCAAGAACGGAGGCGGCCGCCAACACCGUGACAGGGAGAAAGGCGCAACCCCCGGGGCGGCGCGCAACGGCGGGGAGAGCAGGGCCGGCAACGAAGGCAGCGGCGGCGGCGCACGACAGUCGCAGGCGGGCGGCGGGGGGGGGGGGCGGGCACGACGAAGCGAGUGCACGGACGGCGCAGGAGGGGAAGCGGCGGGGGGGAGGGGGAGCCCGGCGGCGAGCAGCGACGGCCGAACCCGCAGGCCAGGGCGGGCGCGGAGCAAGCGCAAGCGAGGCGGGCGGACGGGGUACCGGGGCGGCAGACCGAAGGCCGAGGCAGGACGCACGGGCAAGCGGGCGCCGGGCGCCCCCGCAGGCCAGGGGCGGGGGGAACCCAAAAGCCGCGCGGGCGGCCCACGCCGUCCGCGCGGCGGCGGGCGAGGGCGGGGGCCGCGAGCGGCGGCGGGAAGGCGCGGAGGCGGGAGACGCAGGGGGCAGGGGGCCGCACCGGCGCCAGCGGCCCAAAACGAAGGCUCCGGGCGAAGGACGGCCGCGCACGCCGGAACCCGCCGGGCCCGGACGGGCGCGGCGGGCGCAGCGGCGCGCGGCGGCGGGAGGAAGGCGACCGGGGGGAGCCGGCCAGGAGGCAGAGCGGGCGCAAAGAGGAAGCCAGGCAGGGGGAAGGAGGAACAAAGGCAGACGGGGAAACGCGAAGGGCGCAGUGAAAGCAGGGAGAGGGGGGAGGGAGCGACGACGCGGAGAACCGGAGAAGGCGAGAGCGAAGACGGGCAACAAACCCCGACGGCGGGAAGGGAGGCAGGAGGAGAGAAAAGGGCGACGCGGGCCGGCCCGGGGCGGCGAGGAGGCAGGAGAACGCGACGGAGCGCACGGCCAGCGGGCCGGCGACGCAGCAGGCAAAGGCGGCCCGAGCAACGGCGAGGGGAGGAGAGGGGCCGACCAGGGGGGACGGGGGACGGAGAAGGAGGGGGCGAGGCCGGAGAGGGAGCCGGAGAAACGGCGACCACAGCCAAGGAAGGCAGCAGGCGCGCAAAGGACCCAGCCGGACACGGGGAGGGAGGGACAAGAAAGAACAAGACCGGGCGCGAGGAGGCGGGGAAGGGGAAGGAGGACAAGCGAAAGCCCGGAACGAGGAGCCAGGGGAGGGCAAGGCGGGCCAGCAGCCGCGGGAAGGCCAGCGCCAAGAGCGGAGAGGGAAGGGGGCAGGGAAAAAGCGCGGAGGGGGACGGGGGAGGCCGGCCGGGCCGCCCGAGGGGGCACCGGGCGGCGCGGCCCGGCGGGCGGCGAGGCGCGCCGGGCCUGAAGGGGCCGGGGCGGGCCGCCGGCGCGGGGGACGGGGAAGAAAGGAGAGGGCGCAAAGCAAGCCGACGCGCGGGAGACAGGAGCAGGGAAAACAGGAGAGGAGGGCGGCCGAGGACGGGGCCGGCGGGAGCGGAGAAGGAGAACAGGGACAGGCGGGGGCAGGCGGAGGCAGAGGCAGAGGGGAAAGGCGGGGAGGGAGGAAAGACGAACAAGGCGAAAGCAGGGGCCAAGGAGGGGCAGGAAGCAAAGACGAAAGGGGGGGCGCGAAGACGAGCAGAGACCGGCCGAGGCGCAACCAGAAACGAGGCCGACCAGGGAGCGGCGGAGGGGGCGGGGAGGACGCCGCCGGCACCGGAGGAGAAAGCAAAGGGGGGGGGGCCGGGGGAGGAGGGCGCAAGGCGGAAACGGAAAGGAAGGGACGGAAGGGCACCACCAGGAGGGGAGCCGGCGGCGGAAGGGGACGCAACACGGGGAAACGGACCAGGGCCAGACAGAGGAAGGAGGGACAGACGGGAGAGCGCGGGCGGGAGGCGAGGGGGGGGGGCAGGGCCGGGCGGAGGGGGGGAGCGAGGGGCGGGGGAAGGCCGGGAACGAACGAGACCGCAGCCGGCGAACGAGCGAGGCGGAGGAGCCCGGCGCGGCCAGCGGCGGAGAGGGACGACGGCCGGGGAGGCCGCGGAAGGGGGAGGCAAGAACAGGGCGGGGAGGCCCGGAGAGGGCGGGGCCGCACGCGCGCGACACGGAGGGAGGCAACGAGCGGAGAGCCGGGGCCGACAGGCCCGGGGAAGCGGGGAAAGGGCAGCGGGAGGGGGAGAGAGCAGGGCAAGGGGGGGCGGCAACGAGGAAGGCCGAGGAAGCGCGAGGCAGCAGCGCGCGGGGACGACGGCCCGGCCCGGGGACACACCGCCCGGCGCGCCGACCGAGGGAAGGAGCCGGGGAAAGGGGCGGAGCGCGGCGACGGGGCGGGGCGCGGCCCGCGACGGCGCGAGAAGGCCAGGGAACCGGAGCAGGGAGAGGAAGGAGAAGGCGGAACAAGGGGCCGGAGGGGAACCGGCGGAAGGAGCAGGGGCGAAACCG